UAAGCCCUAACAAUAAAGUAAAGAUAAGCCUAAUCACGAUCAUCCUCACUAAUUCAAAAUCAAUCCCCAAUUAAACUAUCAUAAUUCUCUUGCUAAGGGUCUCUCUCUCCUCCCUUCUUAGUCCACCCAAAUAAUUUUCUUUAAAAAAAAAAGAAAAAAACAAGUCUCUCUUCCCCAAGCAUCCCCUCCACACAAGGAGAACGCCGUUAAAAAUUAAACGCCGUUUUCCUAAACCACUCCCAAUUCUCACGUGACUUUGAAACUAUACAAAAGUUUAUAAAGUGGAAGUCACGUGACCUUUGGGAUGGCGCUAGAGCAGUUGAGUUUAGGCACGGUGCCCGUUGACGGCGGAGCAGACGGCCGUCAGCCCUCCGGUGAUGGCGCCGUUGCCGGCGACGAAGGGGGCAAAACGGCCCGGCUCCCGCGGUGGACGAGGCAAGAGAUCCUGGUGCUGAUUCAGGGCAAAAGAGUUGCGGAAAAUCGAGUGAGAAGGGGGCGGGCUUCCGGGUCGGCGUUCGGGUCGGGUCAGAUUGAGCCGAAGUGGGCGUCGAUUUCCUCCUACUGCAAGAGGCACGGGGUGAACCGGGGGCCGGUCCAGUGCCGGAAGAGAUGGAGCAAUUUGGCAGGGGAUUUCAAGAAGAUAAAGGAGUGGGAAUCGAAGAUAAAGGAGGAGACGGAGUCGUAUUGGGUGAUGAGGAAUGAUUUGAGGAGAGAGAGGAAAUUGCCUGGGUUUUUCGAUAGGGAGAUUUAUGAUAUUCUUGACGGCGGCGGCAGCGGCAGCGGAGAGGAGGAUGUGCUGCGUUUGGCCUUGGCGCCUGGGCCGGUGGACGAGGAGCCGGAGGCGUUGUUUGACAGUGGGCGGAGCACGGCGGCGGACGAUGGACUUUUCUCGGAUUUCGAGCAGUCGGGUCAGGAGGAGACGGGUCGGAGCUCCGAGAAGAACAGGGAAACUCCGGUUAAGGAUAUCCCCGCGCCAACGCCGAUUUCAGAGAAACAAUGUGGAUCGUUUCCUCAAGAAUCCCCUGGCCGAGGGAGAGAUAAGGAGAAAGCAGGUGUGUCGGAAGAAAAGAAUGAAGGAGGAAGGAAAAGAAAGCGAUAUGCAAGUGAUGGAGGUGGAGAGGGCGAGGUUCAACAUGAGCUGGUUGAAGCUUUGGAGAAAAACGGGCGAUUGCUGCAGUCCCAACUAGAAACUCACAACACUCAUCUUGAGUUGGAUCGAGAACAGCGAAACGUCCAUGUUAAUAGCUUCAUAACAGUCCUCAGCAAACUUGCAGAUGCCCUUGGAAGAAUUGCAGACAAAUUGUAGCUGCUACUGCUGCUCAUGUACAGAUUCCUUUUUCUUCAGCUAUACAAUUCAACAUUUUGGUUCUUCAACUGCCAAUCAAUAAAAUAGCCAUUUUGCCAUUCUAUCCUUGUUACUUUGUUAGCUUUAGAGCUGAGAUUUGCAUACUGUUUUAUAGGAUUAUUUAUUGUAAUAAAUUUUGGGAGUCUCUUCUUCUCUUCUCAGUGUAUAAUACUACUCCAUUUGCUA